AUGAGUUCAUAGGAUUUAAAUGCAAUUAUUUAAGAACCAACGUCUUAGAAUGAGAAGAAAAGUUUGAUCAAAGAAAAUGAUUUUGAAUCUAAUCACAAAAUUGAAAUUAACAAGAAAUUAUCUGCCUAUUUAGAAAAACAUUGGAGAAAUUAGAAAGAGAAUUAGGAAAAGAUUGAAAAUCAACUAUUAAUUUUAUAUUAAAUAAAAGAAGAAAUAUAAAAUUUUUAAGAGAUAAUCUUAAAUUCCAUUUAAGUUUAUGAAUUAACAAUAAAAAAGUAUAUUUUAAUACUUGAGAAUAAUAUUAAAAGUUAGGAUAUAAACGAAACAGAUCCUGAAAAAUCUAUAAGUUUUUUAAAAGAAAAAUUAAAUAAUGAUUUAUCACUAUUCUCUACAAACAAUAUGAUUGAUAGCAUUCAAACAAAAAUUUAUUAAUUAGAUAAUAUCUUGAUUACUUAAAAUGAUUCAGAUGAAAUCAAAUAAUAAAUUGCUUCAACUAAAUAGAACAAUCUAUUCAAUUAUUAAGUCAUUCCUAAAAUCUCUUGUUGUUCUAAUAUAGUUAUUAAUUAAAGUUCAAAAUUGAUUAUGAUUGCAUAAGUAGAUUACUUAAGUGUUUAUGAAUUUAAGAAUGAGUAGGUUUACGAAGUUUCUAAAUUUUAUUCAGGUCAUGAUGAUUAUAUAACUAAAAUAUAUUCAAUGAAGCAUCAAAACUAAUUCUUAACAUAUAGUUUUGGAUUUAUUUAACUUUGGAAAAAAAAUAUUUAUGGAUAUUGGAGUUGUUUUUAAGAAUUGUCAAAUAUUAAUUUAAAUGAAUGUUUGAUAGUUAAUGAUGCAGAAGAUUAAAUUAUCUUAAAUUCAGAUAAUAUUAUUAGAUUUUAUGUAAAGUCUCAAAUUUGGAUAUUAUAAUCUGAAUUAAAUGUACAUACUGAAUAAAUAUGUACGAUGAGUUUGAAUUCAGAAGAAAAUAAAUUAAUUUCAAGUGGUUAUGACAAUUUCAUUUGCAUAUUCGAAAAAUAAGAUAAUAAUUUAUGGGUAUUAAAUUAAAAGAUCUCCAUAUAAAAUUGUGGUAAAGCAUUAUGUUUUAUAACUGAUAAUAUUUUUGCAUUCUAGUCAAAAACGGGAAAAAGUAUAUAAAUAUAUAGAUUCAAUAAAUAAUCACAAUAAUUUAACUAUGAAUCAGAAACUUUAGUAAUUGGUAAUUCUGACCAACAGGAAAAAAUCUUAAUUUAUAAUCCAGAAAAAUAAAUUUUGGUAAAUAAAACUCACAAUUACAUUAAUAUAAUACAGGUUAGAAAAAAUGGUGAACUUCAUGUUGGAUAAUCAAUUAAUUUUUAUACAAAUUAGAUUGGUUGCACUUUAAGUCAGGAUGGUGAGUACUUAAUCACGUUGGACAAUUUCACAAAUGGAAUUUAAAUAAGAAAACAUUUUUAGAGAAAAGAUAAUAAUCAUUAAUGAGUUGUG